UUGAGGCAGCUCCAGAGAACAGCCCAUGCCCGGAGCAGUUUUAAGGGGGCGGGGACCGCACGAGGCUCCUCCCCUCUCAGGCCGCCGUCGUCUACAGAGUCUGCCGGACCGGACCAACUCGGCACCGCCAGCCACUGCAGCCGGCUGCCCUCCCUCGAGUGGCCAGGAGCCUCCCGCAGGACGACAUGGCCUCCGACGGCAUGGACGAACGUUCCCCGCUGCUGUCGGGCCCCAAUUCGGAGAAUGUGACCCCCAACGCUUCCCCGUACCUGCAGGAUUCCAGCCCCCGAGCCGAGCUACCUCCCCCCUACACCGCCAUCGCCAGCCCCGACGCCAGCGGUGUGCCCGUCAUCAAUUGCCGCGUGUGCCAGUCGCUUAUCAACCUGGAUGGAAAGCUGCAUCAGCACGUGGUCAAGUGCACAGUCUGCAACGAAGCCACACCCAUCAAGAACCCCCCAACAGGAAAGAAGUAUGUGAGGUGUCCCUGCAACUGCCUGCUCAUCUGCAAGGACACGUCCAGGAGGAUAGGAUGUCCUCGACCAAACUGCAGACGCAUCAUAAACUUGAGCCCAGUCAUGGUGAUUCCAGAGGAGCAGCCAGCGCAGCCGGCACUGCCCAUCCAACCUGAAGGCAUGAGAGUUGUCUGCGGUCACUGCGGCAACACCUUUCUGGGCAGUGAGGACGCCCGGUCAUCCCAGCCUAUGUCUGGUCUCUCCAGAGAUGGCUCUCCCCCAGCACAGCAACAGUGGAUGGAGCUUCGAUUUAACACUCUCGCCAAGUGUCCACACUGCAAAAAAAUAUCGUCUGUUGGCAGUGCGCUCCCCAGGAGGCGCUGUUGCGCUUACAUUACUGUAGGAAUGAUCUGCAUUUUCAUUGGUGUGGGUUUAACAGUCGGGACUCGAGGUUUUGCCCGCCGUUACAACGCCACCUAUGUGUCCUGGGCAUUUGCCUACCUGCUGGGCCUCAUCUGUCUGAUACGAGCCUGCUACUGGGGAGCUAUCAAAGUCAGCUACCCGGAGAACAGCUUCGCCUAGAGAACAGUAAAGACGUGCACGGCUCAAACGACAAACCCUCUUUUUAGUUUCUUUUUUCCUUACCUCUUCAGACUUCCGAGAUGUUACGCACGUCUGAUACCAGAAGAAGUGUAUGCUGGGGAUUUCUCCUGUCGUGCUCAUGUCUGGAUUUUUUCUGAGUCACUGUGCAAACCCUCCUCCUGAAGGUCAAUCCAGAGCUGGUCCACAAAGAUUUGAAAUCUUGCUCAAGUUUUACUAAAAAAAAAAAAAAAAGCACUUUUUUUUUUUUUAGAUAAAUGACAAAUUUGAUCUGGCUACUUUUUAUUAAGUUUGUAGAACAAUAUGGUUUUGUUUAGGAUUUUUGGACCAGUUUUUAACUGCCUAAGUGGCCUGACAGUACUCUUUCUUUGUCUUGUUACUGACCAGAACAAAAUGAAACCCCCUCCUGAAAUCAUUGUCCAUUGCACUAUGAUUUAUGCAAUUUUGAGUGAGGUUUUGCUGCUAGUUGAUCUGGAGUUGCAGUGAGAUACACAUUCAUGCUGCACUGCAACCUUGCCAGUGUGCUCGUAACAAUGUUUGUUUUUUAAUGCUCCAAACGAUCAACUUUUAAAGGUAAUUGUCUUUAUGUACUCAUGUGUGCCAAUUAUGUUGCCUACUGUAAGGUUAAAAAAAAGCAUUAUGCCCACCUCUGAUUUCUUUUCUUUUCUUUUUCUUCCUUUUCCUAUAUGUUUGCAGCUUUAAGGAGCAAUAGCCCUGCUGGGUCAUUUUUCUUAGCCUAAAUUGCUGCAAUCGUUAAGAUUAUUUCCAAACCCAGAACCAGAGUAACUCACAGCUGCAUGUGGACUCCGUCAUGGCAUUGAGGUUUCUUUAUGUUUUGUUUCAGAGGGAGCUGAGAUCUUUACUCCUUCCUCCUGGGGGUUAGAAUGUAAACCUCCUCCCUCCGCUUUAAUUGCUGCUUUCCAAUCUCCUCUGAACUCCUUCCAUGCUAGCAUCUCUAUAUUAAAAACAAAAACUCAAUCUUGAGCACAGUUCCAACGUCUAACCUUGUUUUGAAUGUGAUUAUGACAAUAAACCAGAAAAAAACGUAUUAAAAAAACGAAGUAGUGGGAAUAGAAGGAACAAAUGGUUUGUGUGUCUUUUUAAAAAUGAUAAUUUAUCAAUAAAAUGUAAAAACAGCCAA